AUGGAAGAGAUUGGGGCAUUUACUGAAGGUAAUUCCUUCGUCCAUACCACCGAAAACAAAUUAUUAGUAGGUAAUUCCAUUGGGAUUUUGAAAGUUUUUCCUUUGGACCAAAACGAAGAGCCUAAAUCCAUUGACAUUCAAGAAAAUUUAACCUCUAUCAGUCAUUAUGGUGAUAAAGCCUUGAUCACUAAUACUGCUGGUUGUUUGGAAUUAGUUGACUUGAAAGAUGAAGAAUCCAAGAUCAUUUACAGAUGUGAAUUACCCUUGAGAGAUAGUGUGUUCAUUAAUGAAGGUAAGCGUAUGGUAGUAGGAGGUGAUGAAAGUUAUUUCAUGAUUUUAAACCACGAUAAUGAUGAAAAAUUAAAGAUUGAUAUUCCUGAUCAGUUAGUUAAUUUGAGUUAUAACGCUACCAGUGAAUUAUUGAGUGUCACGUUAUCAAGUGGAGAUUUAAAGAUUUAUUCUGUUAGUAACGAACAACCUAAUUUGAUUGAAACCUUAGAUAAAGUAUUACAAAGAAAAGUACUUUCGUCUUUAGAUGAAAUCGAUUUUGAAAAUGAUCAUAAAAAUGAAUUAUUAUGUACUAGACCAUCAUGGAAUUCCUUAGGUGAUAAUUUCUAUUUACCUGCGUCACCAGGUGUUACCAUCUUAAACCGAGAAUACGAAGUAGUUGAUAAGAUUGAAAUGGAGAAAGUUAUAGAUUUUCAAAGAGUUAAUAAUUUCUUGGUGAUUUUAGUUCCUGAACAAGUUAAUAUUUGGGAUUUAAAGACCAAAAAAAUCGUCAAAUCAAUCAAAUUGAAACAAUUAUCUAUAAAUUUACAUUAUAAUAAUCAUUUAUUCAUUGGUACUAAUCAAGGGUUUGUAGUUAAGGUACCUGAUGUUAUCAAAGAACUUCAGGAAGAAUUGGGGGCUGACGAUUUGGGUUUUAGUGAUGAUGAACCAGUUGAAGAUGCUAUGGAUGAAGAUGUUAGUAGAAAUGGUAUUGAUGAUUCUAUCAUAGAUGAUGACGAGGAAUUUCCUUACUACAAUAAAGACGUAUCCAAAGUAUUUGAAAAUCAAGAUCGUAAACGUCAAAGAUUAUCACCUCCAAGUAGUGUAAGCUCUUCAACUAUGGGAUAUGUAUCACAUGACUUCAUCAAGGAAAUUACACCCCAUUCCCCGGGCUCAACACCUUUUAAGAAUAAUGGAGGUAUUGAGAGAAGAUAUUUGAUGAUGAGUUCAAUUGGGUAUGUAUGGGCAGUUAAAAAUGAAAGUCAACAAUCAGUGACGGUUUCAUUCUUCGAUAGGUCAAUCAAUAAAGAUUAUCAUUUCAAUGAUUAUUCAAAUUUCGAUUUAUGUGGUAUAAAUUCCAAUGGUAUAAUACUUGGAUACUCAAACGUACAAGGGAAUGAAGAUUGUGGGAUUAUUUACUAUAGAACUCAUCAAACUGAACAAGAUAGUUGGGAUAAGAAAAUCCCUCUUCACAAAGGAGAGUUCAUUACCUGUGUAUCAAUAACUGAAUCCGACGAUGCUACAAUCGUUGUAGGAACCAAUUUCGGUAACUUGAGAGUAUUCAAUCAACAUGGGUUAUGUAUCAAGAUCAUGAAAGUCAAUCCCAUCAUCAGUAUUAUUUCUAAUAACACUUCAAUUUUCAUCAUUACUCAAUUAACCAUUAACUUGUAUGCAUUUUCAAUUUUCAAUUUAUCUGAAGAUAAGUUCAUUCAACAAGAUUGUAUAUUACCAUUGAAACAACUCACCACCAAACCAUUGAUCAAAGGAAUAUUCUUCAAUGAAUUUAAUGACCCUUGUUUGGUACCUGGAAGUGAUGAUACGUUAAUGAUUUUAAGUGGAUGGAGAGAACCUAUGAAUUGUAAAUGGAUUCCUAUCUUGAAUUGUAAGACCAAAUGGAAAUGUUGGCCUUUAGGAUUAUUCAACGAUAAGUUGAAUUGCUUAUUAUUGAAAAAUAACGACGAAUAUCCCGGAUUCCCAUUAUCUUUACCAAUAGAGUUGGAUUUGAAAUUACCUAUUAACCAUCAAGAUAAGAAACAAAAAGAAGAAGAGGAAGAUUUUGAAGAAAUAUUCGUCCAGGCUUCCACUAUGGGUAAAAUUGCCAACGAUUCUUUGGUAGACACCGAUUUCCAACAAUUUAAUGAUGAAAUAUCGGAAAAAUUAUCUUUCUAUACCAAUCAAUUCGAUAAAUCUUUAUUACAAUUAUUUGUUAAAACCUGUCAACAAUCAAAUUUAAACAAAGCAUUUUCGAUUGCCAAAUUGAUGAAUAAUGAUAAAGCAUUAAUUGCUGCGACAAAGAUUUGUCAAAGGUUUGAAUUCAAUUCGUUGGCCACUAAAAUCGGGAAAUUAAGAGAUCAAUUGGUUGAUGUUGAUGAUAUUUAA